UAAGACAUAACCUCAAAACUUAAUCGCUCCGCAAUGACGGGAACACGCGUUCUUGCUUGUGGACGAUAAUUCACAUAGGACGGACGGCAUGGUGGAUCCGUGAUAAAUCGUGAAUACGCACGUGUCGACCAUCAUCAGAGAAUGAUGGCCGACCUGGAUUACGCGCGUCAGUAUAUUAGCCUGCAGCUCAACGAGGCGGUCUGCUGGUGGUGGUAUUACAUCAGGGAGAUCUCGUGGCAGGUGGUGAUCGCCCUGCUAGCGUAUCUCUGCGUCUGCGUCUUCCUCUAUGCGAUCCUCAAGAGAGUGGGCCACGUCGCCUGGCAAUUACCGGGUCCACCCGCCAGGCUCCUCCUGGUCACCGCUCAUCCGGACGACGAGGUGAUGUUCUUCGGACCGCUGGUCUACUGGCUAGCGCGCUCCAAGGCCAGCGAGAUCUACCUGUUGUGCUUAUCUAUGGGUGGAGACAAAAGAAGGAUAGACGAGCUGUGGGAAUGUACAAAGGUGUUGGGCAUCCCAGAGGCUAAUGUAACGAUUAUUAUGAGUAGCGAGUUACCAGAUGAUCAAAGCGUACAAUGGCCAGUAGAUACAGUUGCAGAGAGUAUCUUACAAUAUAUAGAAAUAUACAAAAUUAAUGCUGUCGUGACAUUUGAUAAAUACGGAGUCAGCCGCCAUAAGAAUCAUAUCUCUUUGUACUUUGCAAUCGCCUCAUUGUGCAUAGAGAAAAAAGUACCUCCUUAUUGUAAACUGUAUGUGUUAGAGUCUGUUAAUAUAAUCAGGAAAUACAUUCAACUCUUAGAUUUACCUAUCAGUCUACUCUCAGCCUCGUAUUGGUAUCUGGUGACGUACGAACAAAAACGUAUAAUCAAAAGUGCUAUGGCUGCACACAAAUCCCAGUAUGUCUGGUUUCGAAAGUUGUACAUGAUCUUUUCACGAUACACGUUCAUUAAUACCCUCCAAGAAGUCAGUGCCCUCGAUCUGGAGCUGGAUCUCCAGUUUGAUGAGGAUUGAACAUUACGCAAAGAAGAUAGAAUUGUAUAAAAUAUGUAAUUAAUGAUCACUGUACAUACUUUGUCUACCAAUGAAUUACAUUACUGUACAUUACAUAAAAUGAAAAUUACAUACCAAAGCUA